UUCUGCAAAACACAGAGUGCUAGACAACAGACCUAAACGCAGCUGCAACCUUCUAACCUGUGAACUCUGGGACACCUCUGUACCUAUUUCUGAAAAGUUUCCAGAGAAACUUCAGAGAAUAAACAUGUUAAAUAUGACUGCCACUUUGGCUAGCUUUUUUUCGCCAGUCACUCCAACAGAAGAUUACGGCAGUGGUUCUGGGAAUGGGGAUUAUGACUUUGACAGCCCUUGCGAUAAGAGUUUUGUGCGACACUUCCGAAUGUUCUAUGAACCCCCUUUGUACUUGCUCAUCGUCAUCCUGGGCUUUAUUGGGAAUGGGCUGGUGCUCUGGAUCUACACACAAUUAAAGAACCGACUGAAGACCAUGACAGAUGUGUACCUGCUGAACCUUGCCUUAGCUGACCUGCUCUUCGUGUGUACGCUUCCCUUAUGGGCGGCCGAUGCAAUGAAGGGCUGGUCAUUUGGCACGGCUCUGUGUAAGGGCACAUCGGCGUUGUACAAGAUCAACUUCUUCAGCAGCAUGUUUCUGUUGACUUGCAUCAGUGUGGACAGGUACAUCUCAAUUGUGCAGAGCACCAAGGCACAGAACUCCAAGGAGCUGCGUUUGACCUGCAGCAAAGUGGUGUGCGUGUUUGUCUGGGUCCUGGCCAUCAUAUUGUCCAUCCCUGAGUUUCUUUUUGCUCGAACCAAAGUGGACUUUGAGGGCAAUCAUUUUUGCACCAUGGUCUACUGGAACAAUGAAAACAACCGUACCAAGAUCCUGGUCCUGGCUCUUCAGAUCAGCAUGGGCUUUUGCAUUCCACUCCUAGUCAUGAUCUAUUGCUACUCUGUCAUCAUUAGAACAUUGCUCAAGGCCAAGAACUUUGAGAAGCACAAAGCUCUGCGUGUCAUCCUGGCAGUUGUGACUGUGUUUAUCUUCUCUCAGCUGCCAUACAAUAGCUUGCUGGUGGUGGAGGCGGCACAGGCAGCAAACACCACCAUCACAGACUGCACCGAGGCCCAGCGCUUUGACAUCGCCGCGCAGGUCAUGAAGAGUGUGGCAUACAUGCACAGCUGCCUCAACCCAUUCCUUUAUGCCUUCAUUGGGGUGCGCUUCCGAAAAGACCUGAAAAAGCUUUACAGAAAGUAUGGAUGCACAACAUCCAAAUCCGGCAAACAUGGAGGUUCACUUCGACCUUCUGUCAUGUCUGAUUCAGAAAGCACCAUGGCUUUCUCGUUGUAAACUCAGCCUUUGGACAGUAUUAGCAUGAGUUCAGGAAUGAGUUCUCAAAAGCUUACCAGAAAGUUCAUGAAUCUGUGAAUGCAAAGAGACAGAUUGCUUCUGAGGAAAAAAGGUGCCUCAAGACUGAAUGCAGGAUCCUUUUCUUCUCUGCCAAAUACUGAGGCCAGUGAAAAGAAGCAGUGUAUCUGUAGAAGCUUGUUAAUGAGGGAUAAUUACACAGAAUGUGCAGAGUGAUUACAUUAUUUUCUGUCAUAUGUUGUAUUAAAGAAGGCUUGAGUACCUUCAAAGCUAUGUAAAUAACAUCUAGGUGAAAUGUACAACUGAUUUAUUUGUCUGACUUUCAGGACUCAAGGUGUCUCAACUUUUAUUGCUGCAAGAUCUGUAUUCCAAAAUUCUGUAUUUCCUUUUUUUUUAAUCCUCACAGUCUUACCUGGAAAUCACUGUAAUGCAAAACUGAGCCAAUGUGUAUAUAUGUUUGAAGUCACUUUUUUUUAUACCAAGAAUUAAAUUUCAGUUUUAACUAA